AGUAAGACAACGACUGUAGAAAGCUUCAGUAUAAAACAAUGGUGUCGAUAAGAAUGAGAGUCAGAUGGAGAGUUUCCUGGUCCUGUCUGCUCCUGGUCUCCAGCUGUCUGCUAUACGUCCAUUCUGACGAGCAGCAACAGCAACCAGAGACCACAGAGGGUCACCAUGCCCACCAUGGCCUGGACAAAAACAUGGUGCAGGACAAAGAUCACAUCAUGGAGCAUCUGGAGGGAGUGAUAGACAAGCCAGAAAACGACAUGUCCCCCCAGGAGCUCCAGCUGCACUACUUUAAGAUGCACGACUACGAUGGAAACAACCUGUUGGAUGGCUUGGAGCUGGCCACAGCCAUCACACACGUUCACAAAGAGGAGAGAGGAGAGGACAGCCAACCAAUGAAAGAAGAAGACCUCAUAAGCCUUAUUGAUGAUGUUCUCAGGGAUGAUGAUAAAAACGAUGACGGCUACAUAGACUAUGCAGAGUUUGCGAAGUCGCUAGAGUAAAGGAAACACUGUUUGUAUUCUCUGGGUUACAGCUGAGAACACACCUCACUCAACCACAUGCCCCUUACUGACACUUCAGACACUCAACUAACCAGUGGUGCAAUGUUUGAUCCGUCAUGCCAGCAGUGGACAAAUGGACAAUUAGUACUCCGCCAAGUGGUUUAAUCAGUAGCACCUCUGCCUUUAAUAUAAUGGACCAAAAGAUGAAUCCAAUUGCAUUAAUGGAGGUCAAUCUUUAACUUUGAAGUGACCUUUAGUAUUGACCGAGAGGAAGUUUAUUACAACCUGCGUAGCCUAUAUGUACAACAGGCUAAAGUAGCAGAUGUUAGGCUAACAAUGUAUUAGAAAGAUUUGCCUCUUGACCCAAUAGAGAAUUCUGUAUUUGGGCAAGAAAACAAGUAUAUGUACAUUUACAUACUUUUCAGUAACCUGAAUGCACAACUUCAGUAUGCUCACAAGAAGACUAAAACUUGAGAUGAAUCUGUUGGUACAGACUCUCCUUGUAAACAAGUGAGCCAUGUUGUGCUUUAUUUCUUCAGCACUGGAGUAAAACUUGACUCGCAGCACAGUAAGACCACUGGAUAGUUAGCAGCAUACUCAAGUUUAUUUCCUUUUACAAAAAUAUACACAUACUGUAGAGUACAGGGUUCUGCUCUGGAGAGAUUCAUUUGAGCUGUUUGUUGAAGUGGUAACACCAUGUACACUCUUCUCUUGCGGUUGAGAUACAUGUCUGUUCAAGCCCAGACAAAGUUCAAAUGUUAUCUGAUAAGUUAUUUGUUACAAGAGUUCUAUUUUCAUGCAGUGUUGCUUGCUUGGGUAAUUGAUCAAUCAGGUUAUUGUAUUGCAAGUGUGUUAAUGAUCCAACUUGGUUGUCUCUGUAUAUAAUAAAUGCAUAUUUGACAGUC